AUGUACUCGGACCUUGGUAACGCGAAACAGCCGUGCUCCGAAGAUUCUAGGGAUCACUUAAGAGUGCUGAGGCUACUAGAGUGGUCAUUAGAAAUUCCCCGAUUUGUCCGAUUCGCGUUACCAAGGUCUGAGUAGGUUGAGCAGAAAAAAAUUAGCCGUGGAGCGCAUAUAAACGGCUUUUAGAAUGGAUCUGAUUUUUGAUUCUGCUUUUUUUUAGAUUUUUUUAAGGCGUCAGAUUUUGGUACUUCUUUUUUUAAAAAAUUGAUUUUUGAUUUUUGAGGUGUAGAAAAAAAGCGCUCCUUGGCGAAAAUUGAAGAUUGAUCGAAUUGUAAGUACCGAUGAUACAAUAAUUACAAAAAAAUGGAAGUUUAGCGAAUUUAAGAGUGUAUCCAAACGUUUUUGAAUGAAGAAUGAAGUCAUAAAAAAAUAAUUGAGACUUUUUUUUCUCAAAAAUGGCAUUUUGGAGUUAUCGAGUUUUUCGUUGUAGUUGUUACUGUUUUCUUCCAGUAGAUCUCCAUUUUUUAAGGAAAAUUCGAUUUUUAUUGGAUAUGUAGGAAAAUUUGUUUUUAAACAUAGGUUAGGUUGGAAAGGGUGAAAAAGGCUUCAUAAAAAUGUCCCUUUUUGGGUUCCUUUGGGUUCCUUAUGCACCAUUUUAGCUGUCUCUCCUUUUUUCCACCAUUUCUUGAGCCUCAGAAAAAAUGGAAAGCUUGAUAAAUGGACUCUUUUUUCUGCCUUUCUGCGGGCUUUUUUGAACCUCUCCCUUUUAGCGGCCAUUCCGACUUUGCCCGAGUAAUCAUUUUCUGUGGUUCAGAAUGCAGGACAAUAUGAUAAAUACGGUGUGCCAGGCGAUAACGACCCUCUACUCGGGGUCGAGCACCGUCCAUGAGGAGCAGUACUUCCUGAAGCAGUUCCAGGAAUCGGUACGGGCAUUUUGUUCGAUUGGAGAUCAGAAAAAUCAGAAAAACCUUCAUAGAAUUCUUAAAAGAAAAUGCUCGACGCCAACAUUUUUCAGGUAGAAGCAUGGACGGUCUGCGACGCCAUUAUCGCGAUGCACCAAAAUUCGCUCGCCGUUUAUUUUGCCGCCCAAACUCUCAGGACAAAGGCAUGUAGUUUUUUAUUGAUUUUCGGGUCUUGUAUGGAAAAUUAUUGAGCUUUUAUGGUCACCAUGGUUAUAGUGGGUUGCGCGGAAGAAGCUCAGAAGAAAAGCAGAAAAAAAGCUACCGUAAACCUAGUUUAUUUUCUUGCACUUCUGCUCUACGAAAGUCAUUAACAAAGGUCUCGAAGCGAAGAUUGGUAUACGGUAUUUUUGUAAAGAAAAAAAAGGGGAUAAGCUUCUGCGGAAUGGACUGUGAAUGCUCAGAUUUAUUGUUCACAACACUGCUAAAAGGUUUAGAGAUUAAAAAAGGGAAAAAAUACCAAGAUUAAGUACUGAAACACAUUUUCGGUCAUUGAUUUUUGUCCAGGUUUGGCAAAGUUUUCUGUAAAUUUGUAAAAAGCCACCAAAAAACUGUAAAAAAAGUUUUGAAGUGAAUUUCCGUCAUUUUGGUAUACGGUACUUUUUGCAGAAACUGGCAAUUUUUAACGAUAUUUAAAAAAGAAGCCUUCAGCUGUUCUCAUUUAUCUUUCAGAACCGUUUAGCUUUCAUUAAUAAACUAUUCAAAUUUCGCAAAUUCAAAUAACGUUACAGAGUGGGAAAAAUGAAUGAGUUUUGAAAAAUUAGAGAUAAUUUUUAUUUCCACCAUAAGCCCCUAUGGGGACCACUUGAAUUUUACCCCUAUAUGGGCAAUUUUCCAUCUAACCCCUAUAGUGACCACUUUAAUCGUACCCUAUAGGGGUAUUUUUUUCCCUCUAAUCCCUAUAGCGACCACUCUGGCUUUUCUAAGUAGUAGAGAAUUUUUGGGAUAUAACAGAAAAAAAUUAGAGAUAAGGAUUUCGGAACACUUGAAUCCACCCCUAGAGGGACAAUUUUCCACGUUUUUACAAACUUUUUCUUCAGAUUUCGAAGCAAUUCCGACAACUGCCUCCCGAAAGCUACAUCCCUCUGAGAGAUUCGCUUAUCAAUCACUUGAGGUUAACCCAAAAAAGGGUUCCGAAAAGGCGUUUCCUGUCCAGAAUCCACGGCAAAACGACGCACGACGACCAAACCGAAGCGAUUUCGACGCAACUCUGCGUCGCCGUCGCCGAUCUCUACAUCCAGGUGCCCCAGUGGACCAAUUGGAUCGCCGGACUCAUCAAUCAGUUGGGAAAUCGUCGAGUCCUGUUGAAGAUCUUUAGCUUUUUCCAGAUUCCACCAGCUGGAAGGCGACCGGACUGCCACCCUCUUGACUUUGCUUCGAGUUUUUCCCGAGGAAGUCGAGGAGGUUUGGGAUUUCAGAAAAAUAAAGCCGAAAAAGUUGGAAAAUCUCCAUUCUUUGAGAAAAACAAGAAGAGAGAGAAGUAGUAGAGUAUUAAAAAAUUGACUCUUCGGACUUUUUCUAACUACUCCCUUCAGUCACGCGAAAAUAAUAAAAAAUUUCAAGUUAAAAUUCCAAAAUAAUUGCCGUUUUCGGCUCUAUCAAAGAUUUUUUUGUAUCCCUGGGAAAAAAAAUUUUUCGAAAAGUGAAAAUUCUUUGAAAAGACUGUUGAAUAGAAAACGUUUUUUACCCCCCGGUUGAACUUCUGCUGAAACUUUGCUGAAGUGUACUUUAGGACCCCCUGAUUGCAGAACAGAAAGAAAAUUUCUCGCAAUAAAUCUCGUUUUCGAGUUAAGACACUCCAAAAGCCCGAAAUAGCGCUUUUUUGGCUUAAUUUGCGUAUUUUGCACAUUUUGAAGCUCCAUAACUCGGAAACGAUUGUUUUUCUUUAUCUGUAAAAAAAACGCUCCCUGAGAAAAUAACAUUUGACAUUUUUUAACAUUUAUUCAGUCCUCAGAGUAAUCAUGUAUCUGCUGAAUCAUGGAAUAUUUGAAGAGAUGUUUGUCGGUUCGCGCAACUGAGAAAAAUAACAAGAAGCCUUUAAUUUUUUUCGGAUUAGAUGCUUGUCGCAAUUCUGAAAAAAAGAUUGGAAAAAUUCAAAUAAAAAUACAAUUUCACUAUUUAAAGUCAGGGACUUUUUAAAAAAUCCAUUCAAUUAUUUUUUUCUCAUUCCUGCAAAAAAAGAUAGAAAAAAACUCAAAUAAAUUCCUCACUACAAAAAUCUUCUAGAAAGUAUUUUUUUCUUGUAGAAAUAGUCAUUUGAAAAGCGUUUGGAACGUAUCUGUUCUGGCUUUCUCGUGUUUUUUCUUUCUAGUUCUAAUUUAGUCUACUUGCUUUCAAUUAAAAAGUUUUGGUCGCACUGAGAAUGGCUCAACGAGUAACGCAACUCUUUGUGAAAACUGUAUAUUCUAUUUUUCUUCCAGCAAGCUGGAAUUGGAGAAAAUCGUCGUGAUGUCGUGCGGAAAGAGCUGGCGGAAAGUGGGAAAAAUAUUCUGACUUUUCUGGUAACUUGAAAGAUUAAAAAAUAAUUAUGAAAAAUAUUCAGACCCACGUCUUUGCAACAUAUCAAAAUAGUACGGAUAUGAUCAAAAAGGUGAUUUUCACAUGAAUUUCUGGGCAAUAAAGGACAUUCCAAGGUUUUGUACUGCUUGAACUCGACGAUCAGCAACCCGCUUUUCUUCACCGACGAUUUCGCCACGAGCCCCCUGUUGCAGUCGGUUUUCCAGAUUGUGGUGGGUUUUGAAAAGAUUUUUUAUUUGAAAAAAAAAACCGAGAAUUUAUCCGAAAUCCAAAAUUUUUUUUCCCAAACAUUUUACAGGUUUUUAAAGCGUGGAAGGGGUCCUAAACUUGGUUUUUCAUCUUUUAAGCUUUAAAACAUUUUUGUCGCCCUUAUAGGGGCAACCUUAGGGCCCUUGAAAGUUCCCCUUAAGCUUGCAAAAGUGGUCCCUAAGGGGACAUGCUAUUUGACAAUUGUUAUAACUCUAAACGAAGAAGCAUUUCCAUGUGAAAAACUGAAUAAAUAAGCGUUUUUUGAAUGAAAUUGAAAGACCCCUAUAGGGUCCACUUGAGCUUUAGGGACUAAGGCAUCAGACCCCUAAAGACCACCUUAGUUUUACCCCUAUAGGGACGACUUUUUCGACCCCUACAGGAGCUCUUUGUUCCCCUAACCCCUAUAGGGACCACUCUGCAAUUCUUAAGUGUGGGGUGCACUUUUCUCAUCCCUACAGCGUCUGUUUUUCCCCUAACCUUCUAAAGGGACCACCCUGCCGUUCUCAAGUAUGUCCUAUGUCACGAUUUAAGGCGACGACGUCUCCCCAACUGCCACCGUCGCUGCACGAGGUGGCGACUGAAGUCAUCGGCUCGGCUCUGCUUCGCGUCGAGCAAAUCGAGCAGAACUAUCCGCUGGCCAAGAUCCUCCAAGUGGUCCGUAUUCACACAACCCUCAAAAUUCCCACCCAAUUCCUUAUCAGGCCAUCCUCCAGCUCUACCCUGCCUUCCAAGCCGCCGCCGAGCUUGAGGAUCUUGACAAGUUUGAAAAUGAUAUCAUGAAAAACAUGGUCCUCUAUUAAAGAUUGCACAACUUCACUCGGUUGUUCGUCGAGAUGAACGAGUCGUUUUGCGUGAAAAUGGCCGCCGAAGCGCCGACGGAUCCCAGUGAAAUCGGAAACCUUGCCUGUCUGGAGCUUCUUCUUCUCGUUGCAGAACAUCACGAUUUCACGGUGAGUGGGAAGAGAAAAACAGCAAUAAGAAAGAAGGACAGUGAGUGUUAGAAGUUGAAGAGACGCCAGAGAAGUUAUGAAUUUUUUUCCUGACUUUCAGUAGGUUUUAAAACAGGAUUGAAGGUCAUACAGUAGGUUAGAGAUCAACGGUUCUAUAAAGAGAGAAAGAGAGUUUUACUACAUCUUCACUACGCAAUAAGAAGAAAGGAGAGCGAGUGUUCGAAGUUGAAGAGACGCUAGAGAAUGAGAAUAAAAGAUACUUCUCAGGUUGAAAGAGACGCCAGAGAACUCAUAGAUUUGACUAUCAGUAGAUUUUUAAAACUUAGAGUUAAAAAGAUCAUACAGUAGGUUAGAGAACAACGGUUCUAUAAAGAGACGCCAGAGAAAGAGAAUUUCACUACAUUUUCAAUACGCAAUAAGAAGAAAGGAGAGUGAGUGUUAGAAGUUGAAGAGACGCUGGAGAAUUAAUACAUUUUUUUUCUGACUUUCAUUAGGUUAAGACUCAGGUUUGAAGAGUAGGUUAGAGAUCAACGGCGGUCUAAAGAGACUCCAGAGAAAGAGAUUUCACUACACCUUCCCUACGCAAUAAGAAGAAAAGAGAUGCCAGAGAAUGAGAAUAAAAAAAAUACUUCUUUGGUUAGAAGAGACGUCAUAGUCAUGCAUUUUUUUUUCAUGCCUUCAGUAGUUUUGAGAACUUAUAAUUAAAGAAUCAUACAAGAGGUUAGAGAUCAAAGGCGGUAUGAAGAGAGGUCAGAGAAAUCAUACCCUUUUUUAUUGUGCGUCUCUUCUGAUCGCUGCUGUCUUCAGAAGGUUCGAAAGCUUGGGAUAACAGUAGAUUAGGGAUCAGCGGUGGCCUGAAGAGACGUCAGAGAAAGAGAAUAUCCUAACGUCUCUACCGUCUCUUCAUCUCUUUGAUCUCUCGCUUGAAGUUUCUGCUUUUUUGUUUCAUAAUGAGAGAUUAUAAAGCGAAUUUUUAAUGUUUAUGUUUUGAAACAGAAAGUUUGAUUUUCUUCACUCGGUCAUUUUCGAAGUUGAAUCAAUUCUUUCAAAAGAUUAGCCUCAGAUUAAGAAAACUUCAUUUUUUAAAUUUUUCAAGGAAAAAGAAUAAUUCAGGGCGUCUUCAUAAUUUCGCGACAUUAAAAUAGUUUUAGCGAUCUGAAAUUUUGGCUAGAAGCUUCAAUUUUGUGCAGAAAAAGUCAGAAAAUCCUUUAAUGUAUGAUAUUUCAACGGCUUGAAAGAAUAGCCUUGCUUGAAAUUUCGUCUCUGACCGCGAAAUCAGCUUCAAUUUUUGUUCCAGUUGGUCGACAUGUCCUUCAAUGUUUGGUACCGUAUUUCUGAAGAGCUGUUUCGCAUCAACGACGAUGAUCAUAUUGCCCGAUUCCGACCUUAUGUUAAAAAGUAGAAAAAGAGAAAAAUCAUUAAUUGAACUAUUGAUCCAAAUAUUUGAGAUAUAUCAUGUCCUUGUACCGACAUUGCCGCUUGGAUACCGAUGAAACGGACGCUCCGGAGCCGAAUUCGGAUUUCGCCGAGUUCCGGUUGAAGGUAGAAACGACCUUUCGAUUCGAUUUCACCCUUUUUGAGAUCAAACUAAUAUUUUAAUGGAUCAAAAGUAUUGAGAAAAGUCUUAAAAUGCCUAAGGGCAUGCUUUUUCCGAAAUUUAUGGGGCUGGAGGUCAUAUUGAUUAGUGACGUUAUGGCCUGUGAUACAGUACGAUGAGGCUGACCGUAGAAAACAUGAAUGAGGAAAUUUUAACUUUUUGGAAAGAUCACAAAAAGUUUGAGACUCUCAAGUUCAAAACUGCCUGUAUUUUUCUUAUAAUAAAGGGUGUUUAAAGAAGAUGAGAUAUCAAGAGAGAUUAGACAACUAGACUGUCGCAGAUUGGUUCAAAAACAGGAGUAUUUGAGUUGUCGUUAAACGAACUGAAAGUUUUUCUUACCAUCUUUUGAAAAUAUGCAUUUUGUUGAACUUGGAAUUUCCAAUUCUGUCAGAAAAAUUACGAAAAAAAAGCUUUUUUGAUUUUUUGUGUGAAGUUCGAGCUUCUAAACAUUUUUUUACGUUGUAAUAUUUUUGGUUGAAUUUUUUUGUUUUUGUUUUGUUUCUGUUUGUAGGAAAAAAGUAGCUUCAAAAAGUUCCAUACAAGGAAGUUGUGUCCAGAAAAUUUUUGCGCUGUUUUGAACAGAUUAUACCUGUUUCACGGCUGGCGUGAACAAUCAUAAAAAAAGUCCGGACACGAUAAUAAAAACAGAUAGUUCUGGUUGGAGAGAGCGCAGACAUGCCAAGUUAGCCGUAAAUCGGCUAUACAGUAGAAUUUGUUUGAAAACCUGAAAAACCACCUUUUUCAGGUCAUCGACACCCUCCGGGACGUUGUUUUCAUCGUUCAUACUGACGAGUGUUUGAGAAUGGUUAUUAUAUUUUUAUCCGUCAAAUAAUUGGGAGUUCUGAUUAAGGUGUUCUCCCUGUUGAAAGAAAAUUCGGCGAAACCGCAGUCGACCUGGGACGAAUGCGAAGCGGCGCUCUUUCUCAUGUCGGCCGUUGUUCAGAAUUUGAUGCCGUUAGUGUUUUUUUUUUCCAUCUUGGAGCUGCCGGCAGGGCGCCCCGGUAAAAAUGACCCCAAAAGUGUGAAGUAAGAAGAAAAAAAGGCUUUUUUGACAAAAUGAGCGCUUAGCCGCUCGGGUCCACUUGGGGCCAACCUUGGGCGAAUGUCGGCCUCCAGCCCGCUCGGGGCACGUUACGGUAGUCCCGGGCUGCCCGACUUUCACCACAACUUGAAGCAGUCUGACUUCUCUGCGCUCUCAUUUCUCUCAUCUCCUACGUAUUAGUUUUCGGAGACUCACAAGGAUUUCCGAGCGAAAUAGAAUGUAAAAAGAAGAGAUUCAAGCCUCUAGAGUUAAAAAAAACUUGAGACCGGCUUUUUGGGCAGCGAGUUAGUGGGGGAUGAGGUACUGCAGGAAAUCCUUUUUUUCGAAAAUGAGGGUUUAUAAAUUUAUCGGAAUUGGUAGCUUUUUAAGGGAACAACAGAAAAUCUGAAAUCGAAAAAUAAUUAUUCGGUAAUGUUUUUGUUACAUCUCGUAGAGAUCGAAAAAUUUGUAUCAAAAUGUAGCUGAGAAUGAAUCUUUGCUUCAUUGGAAAUUUGUAUAAAGCGACUCUUCAAUCUCAAAAAUUAAUUCUUCAGAGAUCAUUUGACUUAUGGAAAAGGAUGAAAAUUAGAGAUGACUAUUAUUUUUUUGUAAAUUUGACAGAGUCAGUUUUUAGUGAAGACGACGGAGUGAUGCCGGAACUGCUCCAAGCGAUCGUCUCCCUGCCGGUGACGUCACAUCCCGCCAUAAUUCUCACCUGCACCAGUCUCAUAGGAGACUGCAACGAGUGGCUCGAGAAACAUACCAACUUUGUUGGUGCGUUGUGUAUGUUUAGGGUUAUUGGGAUUUGAUGAGGGUUGUGGGCUUUUAUUUGAAGCAAAGGUCUUUCUGAGGGCUGGAAUGUAAUUUUUAACUGGGUAUCUGAAAAUUUGGAUCGGCAAAUCGAGCCGCUCACUGAAGAGAAAUAAUGGUUCCUUCUCAGAGCCAACGAUCCGAUGGCUGCUCAAUUUCGUUGGUCAGCCGCGGUACGCGGCUCGUGUCGCUGAGACUAUCGAAAAUGUAAGUUUAUUAAGGUUUUCAAAUGCGGUGUUCCUAAAAAAAUGAGAAGAAAAUUGACUCAACCAAAAAUGAUUUUUAUUUUUUCUAACUUUAAGGUCUCGUCCAAAUGUGCACGGGAGAUGACAGGAGUGGUGCCGGAACUUCUGAACUUCAUAGAGAUUCUCGAAAAUGCGAACACUCUGGGAUCUCAAGUCGAAGAAGCUAUAAAUCAUCUUCUCAAAGGUCUCAGAAUUUACGAUUGCGUGAGAAAAGACUUUUUUGAUGAAAAAUCCGAUGCUUUUGAAAGUCCUGAUAAUCGGUUUUUGUAAAAAACUAGUGGAACUUUAGCUUCUAGAAAGUAUCCGGGUCGAGUAAGGUUCAAGAAAAUCAAACCUCAAAAGGAAGUUUUGACCAAAAAAGUCGCUUUUUCGUAUCUUUCCAGACGCUCUUAUGAAUAAACAUUCAAGUAAGGAACUGAAAAGUGAAUUUUAGCCUGCUCGACCCUCAUCUUCACCAUGGAAUACCAGCAGACGAAACUCGGCGUCGAGAGGCUCUGUCUUCCGAUUAUUGAGAACUUGCAGAAGGUUCAUUUCAGAAAAAAAAAUUCUCACCAUGAACCACACAAAGUUGACUUUUAUUGAAUGAAAAAGUUGAAUAGAAAAAUAGAAAAAUAGAUACCAGGAACGGGCAAAUACAGAACUCAUUCAGGAGGAGGGGUUAGCUUACGAUAACUAUCGAAAAUCAAGUUUCAACCUCAGGGAGGUAGUUUUGGCCACAAUGAUAAAAGUUUCAGCUUCAGGGAGGUAGGAUUUAGGAAAUCUUGGGAGGAGCUAAGGAACUCCAGAAUAGUCCCUUCAGGGGCAACCUUAGGGGCCCUUGAAGAGUCCCUCUAGGGACAAUUUUACCAAGCCCUAUGUAGACCCCAAACGCUUGAAAAGUGGUCCCUAUAUGGGUUUCAGUUGGUGACCCCUAGAGGGAACAUGCUAGUCGAUAAAUUUUAUGAGCUCGAAACGAAAAAGCGUUCCCAUGCGAAAAACUAAAUAAAUAAGCGUUGUUUGAAUACAAUUGAAAGACCCCUAUAGACAUCAUUUGAGCUUUAAGGGCUAAGAGGUCAGACCCUAAACUCCAAAAUGAACGGCUUUUUCGACCCCUAUAGGGCUUGUGAAUCCCGCUAACCCCUAUAGGGAUCACUCUAAAAAUCUUGAGAAGUUGGCGGUAUUUAAAAAUGGUCUGUCCAUGUAUGAUAGUUACCAUUACCCUGCUCCCCCAGAGUGGCCAAUUCUGCAAGUUUUAGUGAUCCUACAGGGGUAAAGUGGUCCCUAAAGGGGGAGGCUUUAAGGGCCCUAGUAUUGCCCCUUUAGGGAUCACUCUGGCAUUUCUAACCAGUAAGAAUUGCCAUUAUUUUUUUCAGAAGAUUCUUUUGACCUUAGAAAUACUUUUUCACCAUGAGAAGAAAAAGUUUUUUUGAGCUUUUUCAAUCAAAUAAUUUUAAAAAAAUACCUCUUUUUAGGAUUUUUUUCUGGUUUAUUAGGUUAUCAGGUUCUUUAUUAUUUAGAAUUUUUCAGUAAUUUUCAUGACAUUCUCCAAAAAUCAUCAUUUAUUUAGGCGAUGCGAGCAUCAAACGAAAUCGAAAAGAUAGAAAACAAGGAGAACGAAACGGCGACGGACACGUGGGCGCGACAAGCGACAUCGCCGAUCCUGUGGAUCGAUCGCGUCGCGUCGAUUUUCCGCGAAGUUUGGAAGCCGGUAAUUGUUGAUAUUACGGUGGUUCUUGAGAAAUUCGCGUCGUUUUGGUCCUUCUUUGGUUUUUUAUAGAAAAUGUUUAUUGAAAUAAUAUGUACCAUUGGAAAGGUCGUAUUCUUUUUCGUAUAUGGUUUUCCAAUGGUUACUUUGUUUUUUUAAAAAAAUUUAAGUUUUUCAUAAAAACGCGCAAUUCUUUUUUUACUCGUUCUGUCACUUUUUGAAGAAAGAAGAGGUCAAAUUUGACAGGCCCCUGGUCCAAAUGUUCCCGACGCUCCGUGGCUAGAGGUCGCCAAGGGAUUGUUCCAAGUUCUGCUCCAGGCCAUGAACCAGUACAGCGACAAGGUGCGGCAUGUCGAGCACUGCUGCCGAUCAUUGAGGUAUACGAAAGAGUUGAAAAAAACUGUUCACAAGUCCAAACGACCUCAAAAUGUCUUCAAAAAGAAGAGUCUAAAUUUCUUUUUUGAGUUCCUAAAAAUGUUUCAAAAGUUUCUCGGAAUCUUCUUUCUUUCACUUUUUUUCCACCUCAUUCUUUUCUUAAAGGUCCUUUCCAGAAAAAGGUGCCUUUGAGGCCUUUUUGGAGGCUUUUUUUCUGAUAGUCCUUUUUCAGACCCCCGUGCUGGUAGGGCUUUUUAUUUGGUUUAAAAAGGCUUUUUAAAAACUUUCAUAGGCUUUUUAGAAUCAUUCUAAAGUAGAAAAAUGAUUUCCUUUUUCCGAGCAUUUUUCUUUUAGGAAUAAAUUGAUUAAAAAGUAUCUGACAAAUAAAAACGUAAGAUUUGAGCUUCCUUUGUAUUGCUUUUCAUUUUUCAACGGUUUUCAGAGAAAUUUUUCUAAGAUGAUAAAAAAUAAAGUUUGAAUUUUUGCUAAAAAGCUCGUUAUAGAAAAGUUGUUUUAGGACAUUUUUCCCAAUUUUUGUUUUCUGCCUCAUUUUCUGUGUCUCUCCUAAUAUCUUUGUUUCAUGGAUAUUUCCGAUUUGAUCAGAUCUGAGAAUUUUUAAAGGUUUACUCUGGGAAAAUUAGAUUACGAUAAGCUAUUUUGUGUAAACAUUUUAUGUUGGCUGAAAGUUAAAAUUGAGUUUGUUUUUGGUAGAGAUACAAAUUUACAUAUCAUGAAUGGAAAUCUCGAAAUUCACUGUUUUACGAGGACAUAGGACAGCAAAUUUUUUACUUAUUUCGAAGAUUUGUGAUUUUUAAGGUACCUGGUCCGAUCCUUGGGCGUACAAUCGUCAAUUUUCGUUGUACCGCUUGUAAACUCGGUAAUUUAAAAAAAAAGUAAGAGACAUCAAAAUAUGAUCUAAGAUGGUGAAUACGUACCGUCGGUACCAGCACUCGUGUAUCCUCUACCUUUCCUCGGUUUUGGUCGAUGAAUACGGCUCUUUUGACGAGUCUCGACCCGUUCUGUUGGAGCUGGCUGUGGUGGGUCUCCAAGAUGGUAUUCCCGAAGAAGUUUGGAAGUUUUCAGGAACUUUUCGCCAUAUCCAGUCGAUUGCUGAAGGAGAAGAACGGGUACAUUGAACAUCCGGACACGGUUGAUGACUUGUUCCGACUUGCUGCGAGGUGGGGGACAAAGCGAGAGAUCAGGAGCGUCCGAAGAGACGCCAGAGAAGCGGAGAAUAUUUUUUUUUUCUUUGGCGUCUCUUCGAUUAGCGCGAUCUAUCGCUCAUUGGUUUUUUGUUUUUGCAAGUGAUCGUAACAUAGUGAAGAUGAGAAAUCAAAUUGAAGAAAGCGAGAGAUCUGGGGCGGUCUGAAGAGACGUCAGAGAAGCGAAAGUACUUGUUUAUCUGGCGUCUUUUUUAUUAGCGUGAUCUCUUACUCGUUUUAUAUUGCUUUUGCAAGUGGGAUAAAACAUAGUAACGACAAAAAGCCAAAUUGAAGAAAGCAAGAGAUCAGCGGCGGUCUGAAGAGACGCCAGAGAAGCAGGGCAUUCUUGUUUCUCUGGCGUCUCUCCGGCCAGCGCGAUCUAUCGCUCAUUGGUCUCUUGUUUUUGCAAGUGAUCGUAACAUGUUGAAUGAGAAAUCAAAUUGAAGAAAGCGAGAGAUCAGCGGCGGCCGGAGAGAGAUUAGAGAAGUGGAGCAUCCUUGUUCCUCUGGUGUCUCUCCGGCCAGCGCGAUAUCUCACUCGUUUUAUAUAUUGUUUUCGCAAGUGUGGUCAUAAAUUAGUAACGACGAGAAAUCAAAUUGAAGAAAGCGAGAGAUCAGCAACGAGCGAAGAGACACGAGAGAAGUAGGGCUUCCUUGUUUCUCUGGCGUCUCUUCGGUCAGUGCGAUCUCUCUGUCAUUUUCUCUAGGGUGUUUAAGAUAGGAAAAUUGCUGAUAAGGAAUUAUGUUCCAAAAAUAUUCGAAGGACGGGUAAAACAACAAAUAAAGCCCUAAAACGAAUUUCAAAGGAAAUUUCACUUCAGACUGGUCCUCCGAGCCCCGUCGGCCUUCUUCUCGCAUCCGACUGGAAUUGCGCCAGAACUCUACGCGGCGGCCAUCGAAGGCCUCCAGUUGGAUCACUGUGACGCCAACCGGAGCGUCACCAAGUUCCUCAAUGAAAUCAUCGAUCAGAUCCUCAUCGCUCGGAAGGUUUCGGAUCCGUUUCGUCAUACCGCAAUUUGCAUGAAAAAUAUAGAAUUGCAAAUCAAAAAAAAAAAUCCAGCUGAACUGGGGGAACGGCUGGAGGAAAGGAUUUUCUGAAUAAUUUUCAAGUUUCUUUGAGAAGAUAGACGGCAGGCCAGCGCUCAUACUUAGGAUUUCCAGAGAGGUCUCUUUUAGGGGUUAGGAGGGAAAAAAAGUAACUAUAAUGGCCAAAAAAAGUAAUCCCUAUAGGGAAAUAAUAAAGGUGGUAUCUAUGGGAGUUUAGGGUCUUUUUGUUCGGGAUGCAUAAUUUGGAAUAACUAGAUUUUUCAUCAAAAAUAAUCAAGUAGUUUGAAAUUUAAAUAAUAGCACCAAAGCCAAAAAAAAGAAUAUUUGUCAAUGGCGCGAAUUUUCCUUUACAUUUUUUGUCAAAAAACAGUUUUUUUUUUAUUAACAGAUUUUCGUUCAUAUUUUUUUCGACACCUGGACGAGCAGCGCAUUUUUUUUUCGAGUCGCGAAAAAAAAAACUUUUUUGCGGAACGAGAAACAUGGAGCUUAGUCCAUCUUUGGUAAGAAAAAGUUUUUUCUCAGAAAAACUACAUGGACAACGGCGUGAAAGCGGCCAUCGAUCUCGUUUCGACCCAAGGAAAGGGAGUCGUCGCCUCGGCGCUGAACGCGGCUCUUUUCAAGGUUUUUCUCAAGUUGAAAAAAAGAAAAAUGAAUUGGUUUCGCAGCUGAGCGGCCAACUACGACGCGACAUGGCCGAGGUGAUCGCCUCCACCGGCAAAUUCGACAAACAGGUGAGAUUUUCCCAAAAAUCGAUAGGGUUUACAGACUUUCUGAUCUUUUGAAUUAAAAUCUUGAUUUUCUUUCUCAAAAUGAGCAUUUUUACGGAUUUUUCAUUUUAGAAACAACGAGAAUGGCUGGUUUUUGCGGUGGCCAGCCUUCCGAAUGAGCCGGUCAAGGCGACCGGCGAACAACUUGGCGCUUUCGUCGAGGGAAUCGCCCAUAAGUCAGUUUACUUUUUCAAACAAAAAGAGAGAAAAAAUCAACUUUUCAGCGCCGAGAAUUCGACAUACUCCGUGUUUACGCAAAUCAAAGAACUUAUUAAGCUAUUUUCAUAG